AUGUCGCGGAAGGACUCCCGGUUGUUCCUGUCGCCUCUGAGGAUCCCACACCUGAGACACCAUCACGUGACCCACUGGGGUCCAUACUUCGAGAAUGCCAAUGGACAAGUGAUCAGCGAGUCUCAGAAUGUCUCCUUGCACCUGGGGGCCACUGCGCUUCUGGACUGCAGGGUCGCCAUGCUUGCCGAUAAAAUGGUCAUGUGGAUGCGGCGCAGCCCAGACAGGGUCUCGCUCCUGACGGUUGGCAAGAGUGCCUACAGUUCGGAUCCUAGAUACAGCCUGAGCUUUCAGUAUCCAAAUAAUUGGAGACUAGCCAUUUCGUCCGUGCAAAAAGAAGAUCACGGGCUGUACGUCUGCCAAGUCAGCACGCACCCCCCGAGGAUGCUGAACGUCAACGUCCACGUGCUAGCCCCGGACAUCAAAAUCGUCGACGAAGCCGAUCGGGUGGUGCGAGAUCGAUACUACAAGACCGGAAGUGGCAUCGAACUUGCAUGUGUCAUAAGACCGUCUCAAUCCGGAGCAAAAGUGCCGCAUCCAAUGUGGACGAAAGAUGGGGACAUUCUCCCAGAUCACGUGAAAAUUCUCCACGUGAACGGUUCCGAGGAGGAGCUGAUAAGCAGGAUUUACGUGGAACGGGCCAAAAAGACUGAUAGUGGGGAGUACACCUGCUCGCUCGGGCAAUUCAGCACGACCAUGGUUCACCUACAUGUCCUUAAUGGAGAGAAGCAAGCCGCUGUCCAUCACGACCAGUGGAACUCGGCAAGGACCUGCCAUCGCGAAAGUCCUUUGGCGAACUUCGCGAUUUUAGCCAACUUCCUCUUUUUGCAAGCUUCGACGGCCUACUUGUUGUAA